AUGCCCCCAGCUAUCCAGGCAUGGAAGCUGUCAGCACAGCUUGCGCACCGUCUACUUGUCCGGACCAAGGCCGACCUUUCUUGCGGGACUUUGACUGUUUACGACAAUCGCACCCAUCGGCGGUACGAGAUUCCCAUCGAGCGCAAUGCCAUCAACGCCCUCGAGAUUCGAAAGAUCACAGCUCUUCAGUCUGAUGCCAACUCUGUCGAUCAACUUGAGUGUGGUCUGCGAGUUUUGGAUCCUGGAUACCUGAAUACCGCUUGUGUCGAGUCGAAUAUUACCUUUGUCAACGGCCAACAGGGAUCCAUUCAAUACCGUGGCUACUCGAUUGAGUAUCUAUUCGAAAAUCACGACUACGAGGAGGUCAUCUUUCUCUUGAUCUGGGGUUAUCUCCCUGACGCGGUCGAGAAGAAGACCUUCCAGCACAAGAUUGCUACCGGUUGCGUUCCCCCUCCGCACGUCAUCCAAGUUAUUGAGUCUUUUCCUCGAGAUUCCUUGACAAGCACAAUGGUCUUUGCUGGCAUGGCUGCCUAUGCUAGUCGAGACGAAGGCGCCAUUAGCAUACUCCGGUCCGGUCGGCCAGCUUAUAUGGGCCAGGUCGACAAGGUCGAUGCCGCCCUUAUAAGCUGCAUCUCCGCCCUCGCUACUGUUGUUGCCCUCGUGUAUUGCCGCAAGCGCAACAAGUCUUUCACCCCCGCCGAGCCCGAUGAACCCUUCAUCUCAAAUGUCCUGCGCAUGAUGGGCUUUCAUGAAGACAAUCACAGCACCAAGCCCGAUGAGGAAACUCUCAAGUGUUUCGAAAAGCUCUGGAUCCUCUACGCCGAUCAUGAGAUGACCAACUCGACCGCCGCCUUCUUGCACGCCGCCUCGACCCUGACUGACCCCCUGGCAUGCUGUAUCUCUGGCCUCGUCUCUGGGUAUGGACCGCUCCACGGAGGCGCCAUCGAAGUAGCCUACAAAACCUUUGAAGAUCUCAAGACCCCGGAGAACGUGCCGAUGCUGAUAGCGGACGUCAAGGCCAAGAAGCAACGUCUCUUUGGUUACGGCCACCGCAUCUAUAAGGCCGUAGACCCCCGAUCCAAGUUCAUCCGCGCCAUGAUUGACCAGUACAAUGACAGGGUGGAGUCGAAUUCUUUACUUUCCAUCGCCAUGGAGGUUGACAGCGUUGCCAGUACCGACGAGUACUUCACCAGCCGCAAUCUCAAAGCUAAUGCGGACCUCUACGGGUGCUUCCUGUAUACUGCGUUUGGCUUCGAAGCGGAUAUCAUCGUGGCCAUGGCGAGCUUGUCACGCAUUCCCGGUGUGCUGGCGCACUGGCGGGAGGCGAUGCUUGAAAAGCGUUUUGUGCUAUGGAGGCCACAACAGGUCUUCACUGGUCCGCCGGUCAGAGACCACCUCUCGGAAACUAUCCCUAACGAUGUUUCAUCGAGGGGUGAUGAAAGAUGGAGACGGGACUGA